AAGAAGUCUCCCUCCGUCUCAACUUUCACGCAAAGCAGUCUCGCUUAUGCCGUGAUACGGAAACAAAUCAAAUAAUGUUUAAGUUGAUUGUCAUUGUUCUGAUUUGUGCAUUGCUAAUCAGUCGGUAUUUGGACUAUCCAGCAUCCCUCAACAAUGGCAGUCAGUUCGUCCAAAGACCGAAAGAAACGUACGAUUAUAUUAUCGUUGGAGCAGGGUCAGCUGGUUCUGUUCUAGCCAAUCGUCUGUCAGAAGAUGCUCACGUGACGGUGUUACUUGUUGAGGCAGGGGGAGAUGAUAGUGGUAUCCCAGAGAUAUCAACGCCAGGACUCACCUUAGCUUUAGACACUAUACCAGACGUGGCGAGAACGUUUUAUACAGAGCCAAUGAAAACAAAAUGGCCCCGCGGGCGUGCCCUCGGUGGGAGUAGUAGCAUUAAUUAUAUGAACUAUGUCCGAGGUUCCAAACACGACUUUGACCGAUGGGCCAACUACACCAAAGAUCCGUCCUGGGACUAUGCCCAUGCAUUGCCUUACUUCAAGAAAUCAGAAAAGAUGACAGAUCCAGAGCUUAAACAAUCAGAGUUUCACGGAGGAGAUGGUCAACUAGGAGUCACCAAGAUGGAGGCGAGAUCUUCCUUUAGUUCGUCCAUCCUGGCAGGGUUUCAAGACUUAGGGUUCAUCUACAACCAAGACUAUAAUGGAAGGACUAUGAACGGGGUCGGGAAAGCUCAAACUACGAUAGAAAAUGGGAUCAGGUCAAGUACCGCUAGAGCGUUUCUUCAUCCCAUCCUUAACCGCCCAAACCUGGACAUCAUGGUCAACGCCUUUGUUCAGAAAGUUGUCAUCAAAGACAAACACGCUGAAGGUGUGGAGGUGAUAUUCCAAAAUAAAAAGUAUGUCGUUAAAAGUAACAAAGAAAUCAUUCUAUCAGCUGGAGCUAUACAAUCGCCUCAAAUAUUAAUGUUGUCUGGAGUAGGUCCAAAAAAGCAUUUGGAAGAACUGGGAAUACCCGUUGUUGUGGAUCUUCCCGUUGGACAAAAUCUUCAGGAUCAAGUGUACUCAGCGUUGGAAUUUCACAUUAAGGACGCAGCAGUUCCGUCUUUCCCUUCUUUGAGGCAAUGGUUGUCACAUUUACAAUACAAGUUUUUCCACACUGGACAGUUGUCUUCCCUUGGUAUAGAUAUAAUGGCAUUUACUUCGGUGUCGGAAGAAAUGAAGCAAAUGGGAUGGCCUGAAAUUCAUUUCAUCAUUGUCCCUAUCUGUUUUACCUCCAUGGAAGUUUCUAACUGCUGGACCUGCGUGCCCUAUUCAACUAGACCAGCAAGCAGGGGGUAUAUACAGUUGAAAAGCAAAGAUCCUUUUGACGACCCUGUAAUAGUUCCAAACUACUUCCACCAAAAGGUAGAUGCAGAAUUAAACUACGAAGGUUUAAAGAUUUGUCAAAAGUUAUCGCAGACUAAGUCUUUAAAGAGUUUGGGAACUUCUUCUUAUCACAAUGUUGGGGACAUAUGCAAGCAAUAUCAGUUUGAUAGCCAAGAGUUUUGGAAUUGUUUCAUCAGGUCUAGGCCGGACACAGUUUUUCAUCCAACCGGAACUUGCAAAAUGGGAUUUUCUGGAGAUCCAAGCGCAGUUUUGGACUCAAAGCUUAGAGUUAUUGGCAUCAAGGCAUUGCGAGUAGCUGAUGCUUCAGUAAUGCCAUUUCUUGUUUCAGGCAAUACAAACGCAGCGACAAUCAUGAUUGCAGAGCAAGCAUCUGACUUCAUCAAAAAUCAAUCUUAGCUUUGUGAAACAGCAAAUCUUGAAUUAGUCAAAUGUUUUGCUAUUUCUCAUCUUCUUAACUACCUCAUUCAUUAUGUAUUUGUUUGUGAGUGAGUUUGUAAGAGAGAGAGAGAGAGAGAAAGAGAGUGAAAAUUUAUCUAAGUAAUGAAAACAUAAACUUAUGUUUCACUUAUACAUUAAAAUGUGUUUAAAUUGUAUAAAUAAAAUGAAUAUAAUUAUA